ACAACAAAGACGAACGGGAGCCGGUCGUGGGAAUACUCAUAUCCGACCAGCGUGCUUGGAAUGAAGCCGGAGAGAUCAUGAAAGUCGGCGAGGUCACAUAUCACUUCUCGCCUAGCCCUUGGACUUCGGGAUCCAAAACCACCUUGAAACAG